AUGGGGAGGGAAAGGAAGGAGAGGGAUGAAAUUAGGAAGGAAGAAGAACGUGUGAAGCUAGAGGAGGAAACGAAAAAGAGGGAAGAGGAGCUACAUCGGCAGCACAAGGCAGAGAUCGAUAGACAAGGAGAGAUACGUGAUGCCCGACUCAUGGCUGUUAUGACCUCUUAAUUGAAGACCCUCCAUGACAAAUUGACGGGCAGAUGGAGGGGGUACGGACGAAGAUACAUGUAAGAGAUCUGCAGAAAGAGGACAUUGGGAAGCUGCGAAGUGAGGUGGUCGAACUCGAGAAGGAACUGGCGACUGAAGACAGUCCUGAUAAGGAGCGGGAAGAGCUACGGUGGAAGUUGGCGCAACUGCGUAAACUCAAAGAAGAUCGGGACGUCGCUCAUAUGAAGAGGAAGAUUAUGGAAGAAGAACUGAAUUGGGAACUGGACCAGGCCCGACGUGAGACUGAUCCCGGCGACGAUGAAUUUGCACCGUCAGCUUCUGUACGACCUCUGAGGAGGAAGAGGAUGGAGACUCCGUCUACACCAUCACGACCACCAGGACCGAUUACGGUGAAGAUUCCCUACGAUGAUAGAGUUGGUAGAAGGAAGAUUGAGGAUGUUGUAAGGAGGAAGAUUGGAGAAUUGGGCAUGAGCGAUCUGAUUACCAACAUCGUACGAAGACAUGUUCAGGCCGUUUGGAUGAAGAAACAAACGGUUGCUGAUCUGCUUCACAACCAUCGAGACUGCGCGCGCUCGAAUGGUAGCAUCUGCACGUGUGCAGAUAGCCCCUUCCUGUUAGUGGAAGGACAUGUACGUUGUUGUCUUUCGGAUAUCGGCGCUCCCGAUUUCAUUCUUAAUUCGAGGAACAUACCCCUACAAAGGACGAAGCAGGUGAAGCGCGGGAUUAUGGCUGCAAUCCUGGAUGGGCUGGGUGAGCUCUUCAGUGCUACAGGACGACCACUCACCCUCCAGAUCACGGAUUUGGAUUUGUGUGUAAAAGAGAAGGAGAGAACACAGGACGAUUGGCUUCAGAAGACACUGGAGUGGAGGCGACGGUUAAAAGGACUGGUGUGCAUGCCCAUGGAUCGUAACGUAGGCGCCACCUACAUCGUCUGUCCGACUAUUUAUGCAAGGGCACUACGAGACCUGUUCUGGCACGGACAGAGUUUCAUAAUGUGCAGUACACCUGAAGAGGCAAUUCUCGCACGGAGUAAGCACGAUUACGAAAAGAAGGGUUUGAAGAAACUGGGUCAGUGGAGGAAGAAAGGAAGACUCGACGAUACUUCGCACCCUUCGCGAUGGCGACCGAUCGCACCCGUGUGGAACGCUCCUACGAAGGAAGGAGCCAAGAAGGUGGCCAAGUCGAUGCGCUGCAUGCUUCGAUGUUUGGUGAGUAGAAUCCACUUCAAUAUCACAUCCUCCGAAGAGGCGAUCAAGAGACUGUCUACAUGGGCAGGACGUCUAGACUCCAGAUAUGGUGUGAUUGAUGGUAGCUUCGACAUAAAAAAUAUGUUUUCGGAGCUGUCGCAUGAGGUGAUUCGUGAAUCUGUGGAUUGGCUGAUUAUGAUGAUGGAAUCGAAGGGAUAUGACCAGCGCACUGAUGAGGGAGAUGGUACCCUGUUGUUUCUAGGAUGAGAAGAUGGCGCUCCUGUGACAGUCAAAGGUGUAAUAAUGACUCCUGACCCUCCUGUUCGUGGCAGCUGGUUUGCUUUUGAUUUGCCAGCUUCAAGCAACCACGUCAGCACACCACGUCAGCAGGACACGUCAGCAGGACACGUCAGCAGUGCCACGUCAGCAGCAAGGGAUACCACGUCAGCAGGUCCGGUCUGGUCUAUGCUGUUGCGUUCACAAACAUCAGUCAUGGACCAGAGGGCCGGGGAAACAGACGAGGCCUAUCAGGCUCGCAUGUUAGCCUGGAGUACGGAGACUAAGAAACGAGCAGAUGACGCUGCGGCCGCAGCGAAGAAGAAAGCAGAAGAUGCCGAGCAGGCACGUCUGCUGGCGGUUGAACAACAGCGCCAGCAUGACGAGGCAGCAACAAGGGCUGCCGAUGAAGAAAGAGCACAAUGUCGUGAGAAGAUAUUUACCAGAGAGCGGGCGUUACUUACCAUGGCAACAGAAUGGCGAACCGAGGCCGAGAAUUGCCAGUUGGAGGAUAGCGCAAACAAGAUAGCGCUCCUCCUCUCGCAUCUCACGGAUCUCCUGGCAACCUGCAUUACACAGCAGGCAGAGAUCCUUGGUCUCGACAAAUCGCUAGCUCACCUCCAUGACCGUUUUCAGCGGUUGGAGCAGCGACCAGUCGCCGCAGCCGACGCAGGCUCGUCCAAUAUUGCCGACCGCCUCAAUGCAUUGGAGAUGCACGUUGGCUCACUCCAGGAUGGCGCACAGUUACAGCUCACCGCGACGCAACAGUUGCAGCAGCGGGUCUGUACCACCGCCACUACCUCGAGUACGGAGCCGCGCGAGACAACUCCAAAGUUUGACGGGCAGGAGAUCUUCUGCGACUCCAUGAAGACAGAUCUGAUUCCAUGGUUUCGCAAGUUCGAGCUCACGCUGCAUCUCCACAACGUCAAGGAACACAAGCACCACGCAUACUUGUACUCUCGCUCAGGGGGCGCGUGCCAGGCUUGGUUGGACAACCUGUUGUCCAAGUACGGAGUGGUAGCCAACGACUUGCACACCAAGAUCAGUUGGGAUGAUCUGAAGGCGGCGUGGCACAAGCGGUUCCAGGUGGAGCCGCCGGAGAUCAAAGCCAUGGACAAGCUCAUGGUCUUCGAGCAAGGCACGCUGCCGAGUACGGACUGGAUUGCCGAGUACCAACACUUGACGUCAGUCCCAGACAUCCAGAUGGGCUUCAAGGCCAUCCACCACUACUUCAUCUCAAGGUCAUGUCCGGCAUUAAGCAAUGCCCUGACGCAUGUCGAGGACACCUUGACGACGACGGCGGAAUUGUUCGACAAGGCCGCGCAGAUCAUUAUCACGAACAAGGAGGCCAAGAACCUCCGUUCAUCUGCGUCAGGCCCGAGCAGGGACCAGCAUCGGCCAAGAGUGGCCRUGGUCGCAGCGGCAACGCUGUUAGACCAAACCAGCGAGGAGGUUGUGUCUGCCAGUGAAGGGGACAGAUUCGCAGCCGCCCGGGAAGGUGGCCGCCCCGGCAGAGGCCGAGGACGCGGCAAGACAAAGACACACACCUACUUCAGCAAGAAAGUGCCCCUCGUGCAUUCCAUUGACGAUGCACGCAAGAAGGAGCUCCUCGCCUUCGUCCACUCGCUCAAGCGGUGGCGGCACUUCCUCCUUGGUCGAAGCCAAUUUCGAUGGGUAACGAACAACAAUCCGUUGGUCUUCUGCAAGACCCAAGACACCGUCAACAGCACCAUCGCUCGAUGGAUGGCUUUCAUCGACCAGUUCGACUUCUUUCCCGAUCACAUUCCCGGGAAGUCGAACCGUUUUGCGGAUGCUCUCUCACGGCGUCCGGAUCAUUGUACCGCAGUCUACUCGRCCUUCGAGAUUGACGACGAYCUKCGGAACAGCUUCAUCCGCGGCUACCAAGCCGACCCCGAGUUUCGCGACAAGUACGCGAAUUGCUCCUCUCCUAAUCCAGCUCCUUCUCACUACCGGAUCCAAGAGGGGUACUUGCUUGUCCACACGCGGGGGAAGGACCUUCUUUGCGUACCAAGUGACCCUCACUUGCGUACCCGGCUUCUUGGCGAGUUUCACGAUGCUCCCGCUGCCGGACAUUUUGGAGUCAAUCGCACGAUUGGCCGACUUCGCCAGCGAUUUUGGUGGCCCGACCUUCUCGACGACGUCACGCGCUAUUGCGAGUCAUGCGAGGUUUGCCGACGCUGCAAACCCCGCAACCAUCGCCCGUACGGCGAGUUACGACCAUUGCCAGUCCCGUUGAGGCGAAGGGAAGCGAUUGCCAUGGACAUCACCAGCCCGUUCCCCAAGCACAAGACCGGAGUGGAUGGGAUUCUCACGGUGGUCGACCGACUCACCAAGUUCGCCAUGUUUUUGCCUUGUCGCUAUCAUGCCAAGGCACCGGAGUUGGUCGAGGUUCUUUACGCCGGUUGGAUUCGCACCAAGGGUUACCCCAAGGAGAUCGUCUGCGACCGCGACACUCGGUUCAUGUCCGAUUUUUGGUUGGCGCUCAUCUGGUUGGCGCUCAUCGAGCGAUGGGGCUCAUCUCUCAAGCCCGGUUCAGCUUGCCACCCUCAGACCGAUGGCCAGACGGAGAGGGCGCAUCAGACCGCACAUGUUCUCCUUCGCACUCUCAUCCGCCCCGACCAGAAAGACAAGGUUGAGCGACUGCCGAACGUCGAGUUGGCCUACAACUCUUCCAUCCACCCGGCUAUUGGGAUAUCACCCUUCGAGUUCGAGCAUGGCUCGCUGGUCACAUCACGGUUGGACACUAUUACUCCACGCACGACCGAGAGCAACGACCAUCUUCUUUUCUUGUGUCGGAUGCAAGAGCUUCUUGUCAAGGCACGCGACCAGAUGGCUAAGACGCAACAGCGCAUGAGCCAGCAGGCCAAUCGCCAGCGUCUUCCUUGUCCAUUCCGCGCCGGGGACCUCGUCUGGGAUUCCGCCGCGGAAUUCAGCCUUGAACAAGACGUCUCUCGCAAGCUCCUUCCGAAAUGGAUGGGGCCUUGGCCGAUCAUAGAGCCCGCUGGGGACGCACCCGAAGGACCCUCCGUCACGAUUCAGUUCCUCGGUUAUUACGUACAUGGCAUAUCUGUGCAUGUAACACAAGGCAAGGCGAGGCAAGGCAAGGCAAGGCAAGGCAAGGCAAAGCAGGGCAAACAGAAGGGGAGCAAGGCAGCGAUGGAACAAGGCAAAGCAAUGCCAAGGCAAGUGGGCGGCCAGAUGGGAUGGCGAUCAGGACACUAGCACAGCAAAACAACCAGCAACACAAGGACCCCAGGCAAGGGGGCCAGUGGGUGGGCGGGCGGGCCGGAAACCAACACACAAGACACCGAACAACACAGGAACCCAGAGACGCAACAAGGAACAAAGUGGGCUACAACCC